AUGGUGAGAGAUGCCAAGGGCAAAGAGAAAUGCAAAACUGAACCAGAGAAAGGAAAUGGAUUUUCCAAUUUAAAAGCUGGUAAGAUGAAAAGAAGGAAUCCUAAGCAAAAGAUGUUGGAGAAGAAUUGCUCCUCAAAUACUGAGAAUACGAAAAAAAAUGGUAGGACUGAGAAAAAUCCUACAAAACAAAAAGAUGCUAGUAAUAUGGUUGACGUUACUACACAAACAUUGCAACUGUAUCAACUUCAAUUAGACAAUACAUUUGGAUUACACAAUAUAUCUGAUCACUAUAAAGUAUCAUCUUCCGCACAUGAACCAUUGGAGAUUAAUGAAAAACAGUUUAGCAUUAAAAGUUCAAGUUCACUUUGCUCUAUCGGAGAUUCAGAACCAACAAGUAAAAUAUUUGAAGAUUCAAAUAUAGCACAUGAUGGUUUGAAUGGCUUUGAAAGCAGCUUGAGUACGGACGAAGAUCCAGAAAUGGAUGGUGGUGACAAUGAUAUUAACUUGAUACUAGUAGAUAUUGACAAAUUGAUUCAAAAAAUGACAAUUACGGCAAAUAAAUUACUCCCAGUCAUGCCUGCUGAUGACAAGAGCUGUCGUUGGAAAAAAGUUCCGUCAUGUUGCUUUGGAUUAGAUUAA